UCUGCGUGCGUAACGUCUGACGUCACGGCGUCAGCUGGCCGAAUGUUUACAUUCAGCAGUUGUGCUUCUGACUGAAGUCCCCGCUCAACAACAACAAACGGCCGAACGCGAGGAGAACGGCGGAGACGGAGGCCAUCGGUCGGCGUUCUGAGAAGUCAGGAUGGGUGGAGCUGUGAGUGCCGGCGAGGACAACGACGACCUGAUAGACAACCUGAAGGAGGCUUACUACAUCCGCUCGGACCUGGUGGAGCGAGCCUUUCGAGCCAUCGACCGGGCCGACUAUUACCUGGACGAGUACCGGGACAACGCUUACAAGGACCUGGCGUGGCGCCAUGGGAACAUCCACCUGUCGGCGCCGUGCAUUUACUCGGAGGUGAUGGAGGCGUUGGAUCUCCAUCCUGGCCUGUCCUUCCUCAACCUGGGCAGUGGGACCGGCUACCUCAGCACCAUGGUCGGCCUCAUACUGGGACCGCUGGGCGUGAAUCACGGCAUAGAGCUGCACGCCGACGUGAUCGACUACGCCUACCAGAAGCUGGACUCCUUCAUCAGGACCAGCGACAGCUUCGACAAGUUCGAGUUCUGCGAGCCGUCCUUCGUGGUGGGGAACUGCCUGGAGAUCCCCCCAGAGAGCCGCCAGUACGACCGGGUGUACUGUGGGGCCGGCGUGCAGAAGGAGCACGAGGACUACAUGAAGAACCUGCUCAAAGUGGGCGGCAUCCUGGUGAUGCCCCUGGAGGAGAAGCUGACCAAGAUCACCCGGACUGGGGUGAACAACUGGGAGACCAAAAAGAUCAUCUCCGUGUCCUUCGCUCCUCUCGUGCUGCCUAAACACAGCACCAACGGCAGACCCAAGACCGCCCCACUACCCAAGUACGAGGUGCGGACGCUGCAGGAGCUGGCUCGCAUCUGCAUCCGCCACACCCUGCGAGUGACGACGGACGGGGGCGACGGUCAGACGCGGGGCCGGGGCUCCUCCUUCAGCGUGGGCCGGGGUCUGGCCGUGGCCGGGCUCCACAAGUACGGGCCCCGCUUCAAGCGCCGCCGCGUCCACCGGCGCCACUGCAACGCGCUGGUCCUGGCCACGCGGCAGGUGGUGUCCAGCGGCGGCGUCGGCCCGGCGCCGCCGCUGGACACCAACAACAACCAGGGGGGGCGCGCGGAGGACGAGGAGGAGGCGGGGGAGCGGGAGGGGAGGCGGCAGGCGCGCGGAGCCAGGAGGGCGGGGAGAGGCCGGGCGGGGGGAGGAGGAGGCGUGGUGGUGGAGGAGGACGAGACGGUGGAGGAGGAGGACGAGGAGGAGGAGCCGGAGGAGGAGGAGGAGGAGGAGGAGAAGGAGACCGGGGAGCUGCUCCGGCCCCAGCCGGCUGUGAACAUCCUGAGGGAGCGGAUACUGGGCCUGCCCCUGCCGGAGCCCCUCAAGAUGUACCUGCUGUUCUACCGAGAGAAAUGAGCCCGGCGGAGCCACAACCAGGUCCUGAGUCCGAACCCAGAGCUCAAUGGCCAGAGCCUCUGUUACGACCCCAACCACAUGUACAAGGCAGGACAACACACCACCGUGGUCUCGCUCUCUCUCUCUCUCUCUCUCUCUCUCUCUCUCGCUCACUCGUCCUCAUCCUCUCCAUCACACAUUCUGCCCCCUACUCCCUGUUUUGUUGAGCCUCCCACCGUUCUUUACUUGAUUUGCUCCCUGACUACGUGGAGUCAGGAAAGGGGAGGAUGGAGACGAAACAGUUCCGCAAAUAAAUAGAAGUUAGCACGUCAAAGACACACAGUUGAUUAGUUUGCUCUGCACUUGUCUGUAAGUAGGAUUCUAGCGGCAUCGCUGGCUGAAUGAUGCUGAGGCUGGACGUGGCAUCCAAACAGUGUAGCAGCAGACGAAGAGCAGCUUCCCCACAAACCAAAAAGCAGUCAGUGAGCUCCUUUCUGUCCAAAGGAGUGUGCGAUGAUUGUACUCGCGUCGUGUGGACGCUGGUUUGUCCACACGAGCUCUGUCACGGUGCGGAAACGGUGCGUUUAUUGUCCACAGGACGUGAAUAAGUGCGCUGGAGCUCAACUGUCUGGAUGCAGGAGAGAUGCGCAUUCAGAGGUUCCUCCUGCGUCACAUUUAAUAUUGUAGCUACAGCCAGUGACCAAGGCAGCGGCAGCUGUGAGUAUUUCCAGUAAUUCCCAAAUAAAAUAGGAGCUUUGCCCCGAGCCCUCAGACCUUCUAAGCAUUUCUGUAUCUCAGUUUCAAAAGCUUUUUUUGUUAAAUUUUUUUUUUAGGAAAAAGUUGAUGUAGUGUUUUUUCUAUGAACACGUCUCAUAGAGAGUUAGUGUUGGUCGUACAACCUUCAUGUCUGAACAAAGGGCAGCCUCACUGUCUCUUCCAUCACCAAGACUAUUAACCAAGUGAAUGACCGUAAAAUAGUACAUACUAAUAUUCAGAUUUACGUCAGUAAACCAUGAAAUAAAAGCAUGAAAUAAAAAAUACACACACACUAACUGUUCUUGAUGACUGACUGCAGGUUUUCUCUCACUGUGCUCUCAUGUUUGGUUGCUUGUUUUCUGAGACUUGAAGUGGCGUGUACAUAUUGUUUUUUAUUUGAAGUAAUAGGAUACUUUUGUAUGUAGACACAUCUUUUAUUCCAUUGUUGGGUGGUAGUUUGCAGCUGAACGGGGCAUUACUCUUUCGUACCAAACUCUGCUCCCAUCGGUGCCAAACUUUGGUUGCUUGGACUACGUUUCAUUGUGAGCGGUAACAGCAGGAAGAAAGACUGACCAUUUGUUGUUAAAGCUGCUCCAUAACCACUGAGAUAACUCUUUGUUUUUUAAAGCCCAGCAUCGCUCCUGUUUGUCAGUUUGUGUCUGAGGAAUGUCUGUGUUGAAUAGCCAAGCGAUCUUAAUUACAGAUUUGUAGUUAAAUUACGUGCGUGAUCUCACCAAUAGGAGGACUUUGAAUGUGUGCAGCUGAUCCAACCCUGAAAGGCAGCAUCCUCCCAUCACGCCCUCGGAGUGAAGUCGUGCUCCACUCUCGUGUUUCUAGUGCUGCUGGAUCUGAUUUUGGCCGUACGCCAUCCAUUCCUCUCCACUUACAGCUCCACUCAUGUUCAGUUGCUGUGCAGUUGUGAUCCUUCGCUGAAUGUACAUGGUGCAUUUUUUGGGUACUUCACAUGAAGUUUUUGGUGAGAUUGACUUGCUUCUUGUUUUUAAAACUUGCUGUAUUAUUGAGUGCAGUUAAUAAAGUCCGUUAUACAAAAGGAA